UCCUUUCCGUGGGCCUGCCCCUUGCACACGCUCUCCACGCUCUUCGCUCUUGGGAAGGAGGCUCCGGCGAGUCGCCCACCCCGUGUGGCGCCAUGGUGGUUCAGGACAACGUGGACGCCAGAGACGCAGGGGUGGGCGUGCUCCUGGAGCCCUUCCUGCACCAGGUCGGGGGGCACCUGAGCGUGAUGAAGUACGACGAGCACACGGUGUGCAAGCCCCUCAUCUCGCGGGAGCAGAGGUUCUACGAGUCCCUGCCGCUGGCCAUGAAGAGGUUCACCCCGCAGUACAAAGGUACCAUCACGGUGCACCUCCAGAAAGACAGCAGAGGCCAGGUCAGCCUGGUUGCCAGCCCACUGAAGGAGGACCGGCGGCUCCUCAAGGUCCCUGCGGAGUCGGCGGCGGUGGCGAUCUGGCAGACACUGCAGCAGACGUCUGGCAGCAGCGGCGGGGCCUGCCCCCUGGCCGAGCGGCAGCGUGCCCACCUGGCACACUCGCUCCAGGAGAGCGCAGCCAAGGUGCUCCUCAGGUCCGAGUUCCACCUCAGCGCCCCGGUCUCCUCUCUGCUGGAAGACGCUAACGGGAACCAGGUGGAGAGGAGGAGCUUUAACCCGUGGGGCCUGCACUGCCACCAGGCCCACCUGAGCCGCCUGUGCUCGGAGUACCCCGAGAACCAGCUGCACCAGUUCCUGUUGCUGGAAAAUGUCGUGUCACAGUACAGGCAUCCCUGCAUCCUGGACUUGAAGAUGGGGACCCGGCAGCACGGGGACGAUGCUUCCGAGGAGAAGAAGGCCCGCCACGUGAGGAAGUGUGCACAGAGCACCUCGGCCUGCCUGGGCGUGCGCAUCUGCGGCAUGCAGGUUUAUCAGACUGACAAGAAGCACUUUCUCUGCAAAGACAAGUACUAUGGAAGAAAGCUCUCGGUGGAGGGGUUCAGACAAACGCUCUACCAGUUCCUGCACGACGGGACCCGCCUCCGGACAGAGCUCCUGGAGCCCAUCCUGCACCAGCUCCGGGCCCUCCUCUCAGUCAUUAAGAGCCAGAGUUCCUACCGCUUCUACUCCAGCUCUCUCCUCAUCAUCUACGACGGGCAGGACCUGCAGGAGAGAACCCCAGACGGCCUGCGUGCCCAGGAAGCUCCAAAGACGGCCCAGGACAGCUCUGCCAGGGGUCUUGCCAAAGUCGACAUCCGGAUGAUCGACUUCGCUCACACCACGUACAAGGGCUCCUGGAACGAGCACACCACCUACGACGGACCAGAUCCUGGCUAUAUUUUUGGCCUGGAAAACCUUAUUGGGAUCCUUCAGGAUAUUCAAGAGGGGCAAUAAAACUUCUUGAGCCCAUCUAGAUUUUGGGGACUAAAUAUUUCAAAAAGGGACCUACUGGUAGCUAAGGCAGUCUAAAUAAACGAAAUACCUCGUAGAUAUGAACAGAAGAAUCUCAUCUUCCUUCAAAAGCCAUCUCUCUGUGACAGACUCUAUAAACAGCUGUUCAAACAAAUCAGGUAAUUCUGGAAGUGAUUCCACACGCCCUGGCAUCUUCCGCUCAUGCUGUCACUGCGGGAUGGACAGUGGAAGCGUUCUGGAGUGCACGGGAGGGGUGCAGCUGGAGGAGGAAGCCGGCAUCGCAGGGAGACUCCGGAGCAGCUGCAUCUAAAAAUGGCUUCCUACUAUCGUGCAACAGGCCCUGCAAGCCGAGAAGCCUCGGAGAGUGAGUUUAUGAGUUCAUGACCUUUCCCGUGUGGCUGCCCGCUCCAAGGGCAGACAUAGCUAACGCACGCCUCUUACCUCACGGAGAGGAGGUUUUGGUGGGGCAGGGUGAACUGGCACGGAUCUGCCCAUCUCACCUGCUUCGUACCCAGCUUCUUCUAGAAGGUUCUCCACUGUUGCUCGUGGAGAGGGAGGGCCUUACAGAUUGCUGAGAGCCCAUGGGACUGAUGAUGCCGU